UGAAGGCACAACAUCCGCUCGUCGCUUUUGUACACAGCAGACAACUAGUUGUUACAGUUUAUCUUUUAAAACUAAUUCUUUGAAAUGAUUUCUAAAAAGAAACGGUCUGCGCACACCGACAGCUGGGUUGUCAUUGCUCCAGAUUCAGCACUAGACACUGGCAGGUCUAUCGACAGUGAUCCUUCCUUCAUUAAACUAAAGAAUCCUUCUACAGGAAGUUCUUCGCUGUACCUGUUUGGCUGUGGCGAUUUGAGUGUUUAUGAAGUAAAAGCCUUUUCUGAAGCCUUCCGGUCUUGGUUUAUUGGACAGACGGUGCAAAGAGAUGGUAGACUACUGUACGUGACUCCCAUGGAUCCUUUGUUUCUGCUGUUGCCAUAUAUUAGCAGUGUUGGCACAGAGGGAAAGUUCCAGCCGGUGAAGCAGAUGGUUAUGGAUGAGGAUUAUCCCGGAUGCACAAGACUUCUGCAAUGCAAACAGGGCCUGGACUCCCUUCAUCAUGUGGCUGAUGAGAAAGAGGUUGGUGGUCAAAAGUAUCACAGAUAUAACCAGGAGAAGACCUUGGAAUGGCUUAAGAAAAAGGUUCAGCGGACCGUGAAUGCACUCAAAAAGAGUAACAUCUCUGUAGGUGGAGGAGUGAAGUCCAGCACAUUUGUCAGAGUCAAACAUGAAGAUGCUUCUGAAGAGGAAUACUUGCGUUAUGGACAUGGUCUCAUAUCAGAGUACAUCAGUGAAGACUUGAGCAAAGAUCUCCUCAAGCAUCUGGAGUUGCCAGAGAUUUCCAGCCCGAAAGAAGCAGAGCCACCUUCUAAGAAACGGAAACUGUCAGAUAAACCAAUAGAGGCUGGAGAAGACUACACCAAGUUCAACAGUGCUGAUUUUGCACGAAAACCACAAAAGAAGAUGACUGCGGCUCAGAAGAGUCUUGCUAAAGCAGACAAGACUGGCAUGAAGAGUUUGGCAUCGUUCUUCAGUCCCAAAGUCAAACAAGAGAAGAACUGAGUGAGUGUUUGUGUGAGUGAGUGUCAAAACAUGUUUGCUAAUAAAAUAAUAAAGGCUUUCUGCUGUUUCUUUUCCA